AUGUGCGGGAGAACUGCGUGCACUCUGGCCCCGGACGAGGUGAGCCGGGCCUGCGCCUACAGAAACAGAGGGGGCCAGCGGAGACGACCCCGCUGGAGGGACGGCGACGCGGACAAGUACCAGCCGUCCUACAACAAGAGCCCGCAGUCCAUGAGCCCCGUGCUGCUGUCCCAGAGACACUUUGACAAGGAAGCUCCUGUGGAUGAGUGUGUGCUGGCCUCCAUGCGUUGGGGUCUGGUCCCUGCUUGGUUCAGAGACAACAACCCAAACAAGAUGCAGUACAGCACCAGCAACUGUCGCAGUGAGGGUAUCUUGGAGAAGAAGACGUAUAAGGAUCCUUUCGUGAAGGGGCAGCGCUGUGUCAUCCUGGCCGACGGUUUUUACGAGUGGCAGAAGAUGGGAAAAGACAAGCAGCCCUUCUUCAUCUACUUCCCUCAGAGUGGGGACAGAGAAAAGGAUCAGGACGGUUCAGAGGCCGCACGUCCUCCAGCGGAGGAUUCCCGCGUUUUGACUGAGGGAGGAGCAGCAGCGGAGGAGUGGACUGGAUGGAAGCUGCUGACGAUGGCCGGGCUGUUUGACUGCUGGACGCCACCAGACGGUGGCGAGCCGCUUUACACGUACAGCAUCAUCACUGUCAACGCUUCCCCAAAUCUGCAGAACAUCCACCACAGGAUGCCGGCGAUCCUUGAAGGAGACGAUGAAGUGAGACGGUGGCUCGACUUCGGCGAGGUGAAGUCUUUGGAUGCUUUGAAGCUGCUUGAAUCAAAAAGCAGCUUGACUUUUCACCCCGUGUCUUCAUUGGUCAACAACUCCCGCAACAACUCCCCAGAGUGCCUACAGCCAGUGGAUCUCAACAGCAAGAAGGAGCCUAAACCAACAGCAAGCAGUAAGAUGAUGAAGAGUUGGCUGCAGACCAGCAGCACUGUGAAGAGGAAGGAGCCUGAUGAGGCCGAGAACGCAAAUGAGCAAGAGAGCCAAGCAGAGACUCGGCUCAAACCCACAGGACUUCAGCAGUGGCUGCAAGCAACCAAUAAGAAGCCGAGAAGAAAGUGAACCGAAAACAAACGUUUAUACCAUUUAGGUUUUGAUCUCAGCAAUCAAACAGAAGUUGGAUGUUCAGUUUAUUCUUUGUACUGAGAGGUCAAUAUUGCAAAUAUGAAAUGUUCUGUAAUCUGAUCCUGUCUGUUUUUCAGUUCCAUAAAUAAAUGCUCCAACACAGA